CAUUUGUACCUUUUGAAGUCUACUGCAUACAUAUAGUACAUUACUCAUUAAGACCUGCUCUACUUAGCCUGCGUCCAGGCUGAUGACGAUUUGAAGAACCCUGAAGGCCAUCUGUUCUAGGCGCCGACCGUUCUACGCGAAAGAACAACAAGAUCGUCCAAAACCCAAGAGGCAGCGGCGAAGUAACAAAAUGUCGAAAACUCCAAUUCAGCACGACCCAGCCUGCAUCUGAAAUGCCUCCACAUGUCCCCCGGAAACGUGUCCGCGAUCGAUCCCCACCAGCCCCGGACAUAACCAAGCAGCAGCAGAAGGGGAAAGCAGGGGCCGGCGCCUUUGUUCCGCCGCGCAAGCCAACGCUGUUCGAAGAUCUCGAUGCCAAUUCCACCCCGCGGUCAUCCACCCGCAAUGGCUCGACGGCGCAGCAAAUCGACGACAGCCAAGACGGCGAGAGCUCUUUGACGUCCUUGUCAGAUGCGGAUUUUGGGGACAAUCCGCCCGCCAAAAGGCAAAAGCUCUCUCAGACCGCCAAAGAGGGAGAGGCGAAUGACGAUGCCGGCGACGAUGACGAUGACGACGAGGAUGAGGACAUCGAAUUCGAAGACGUACUGAUACCCCAGGACGCCAUCCCGAAUCGCCCUCUUCCAACAGGCAACCUAGAACUGAUCUUGACGAGGGACACGAGGAUAUCGCUAGAGAAUGCGCUAGGGAAGAAGGGCCCGUCAAAGCUAGAACGGAAGAUCCGCAUUGCUACGCACUGUGUGCACGUUCAACUUUUGCUGUGGCAUAAUGCGAUCCGCAAUUCUUGGCUAUGCGACCCAGAGGUCCAGGGAAUACUGCUCUCGCACAUACCACCGAGGCUGUGGGACGAGGUUGACAGGUGGAGGCGCAACAGCGGGCUGGACAAUCAUGAAGAGACGCCCAAGAAAGGCGCCAGCCCGAAGCCGACUACCAAAGCAAAGAGGCAGAAGGGAAAGGGCAACGCAGAAGACCCGCCGUCUCGGGACUGGGGAGAGGCGGCCAAGCGCCUAGAAAAAGGCGUCGUUGACAUGAGCCACGGAGACCCCCUUUUCCGCCUGAUGAAGGCACUUUCAGCGUGGUGGAAGCAACGCUUUUACAUCACCGCGCCUGGCUUGCGAAAGUGCGGAUACAUGUCUCUGGAGAGACUGGACCGUUUGACAAAAGAGUUCAAGCAGGAGGGUCAUGAUCCGUCAAAGUUUGGAGAGCGUAUUCAGGGCUUGGACGAGUUCAGGAAGCGCGCACAGGAAUGUGCCGGUAGCCGGGAUGUUGGAGCACAGCUAUUCACAGCUCUUUUAAGAGCUCUAGGUAUGGAGGCCCGAAUGGUCGCCAGCCUCCAGACAUUGGGUUAUGGGUGGAACAGACUCGAAGAGGCAGACCCUGAGAAGGGCCCUAACGCGUCGGGCCAUACUCUGCAGAAGGAUACGAGUGCCCUUCACGAAAACGGCCCUAGCUUGAAGCCAAAACCUGCUCGAUCGGCCAAACCUGCCGCCACUAGUCGACCGAGCCGCGCGACCAAGAGAAAACAGGACGAGUCGGACUCUGAACUUCUUACGGAUCUCGAAGACAGCGAUGAUGACUCUGUUAUUGACCUACCUCCUCCACCACCAAAGAGAGGGAAAGCCUACGACUUCGACCUCGAUUUCCCCAAUUACUGGACCGAAGUUUUGUCUCCGGCCACACACAAAUACCUCUCGGUCGACGCUAUUGUCAAAUCCGUGAUCGGGACUAACAGGGGACUGGUGGAAUCGCUGGAGCCUCGCGGUAGCAAGGCGGACAAGGCGAAACAGAUGAUGGCAUAUGUCAUAGGGUUCUCACAAGACGGCACUGCCAAGGACAUCACUGUCCGCUAUCUGAAACGGCAGACCCUGCCUGGCCGCACCAAGGGCAUGCGGGUUCCCAUCGAAAAGGUGCCCAUAUACAACCGGCACGGCAAAGUGAAGCGCUAUGAUAUGUUUGACUGGUUCAAAACGGCCAUGGCCGGUUAUGUCAGGGGAGGAAAGGACCACGCCAUCACUGAAGUGGAUGAGGAGGAGGACUCCACCGACCUCAAGCCGAAUAAACCCGAGAAGAAGGAGGUGAAGGAGGGAGAGGAGACACUACAGUACUACAAGCAGUCCAAAGACUUCGCACUCGAACGGCAUCUCAAGCGCGAAGAAGCGCUGCUCCCAAAUGCGAAACCAGUCAAGACGUUUAAGCACAAGGCCAAGACCGCCGCGUCGCAAGAGGAGCCUGUUUAUUCGCGUAAAGAUGUCGUCCAGGUGAAGAGUGCCGAAACAUGGCACAAGCAGGGCCGAGCGCCAACUCCUGGCGAACAACCCCUGAAGAGAGUCCCCUACCGAGCAGCCACUACCAAUCGACGGCGCGAGAUUGCCGAGGCCGAGGCCGCCACCGGGGGGAAGGUGUUGCAAGGCCUCUACAGCUUCGAGCAGACGGAAUGGAUCAUCCCACCGCCGAUCCAGAAUGGCAUAAUCCCCAAGAACGGAUACGGCAACAUCGAUCUGUUCGUUGAGCACAUGUGCCCUGAGGGCGCCGUACACGUCCCGUACCAAGGUACCAUGAGGGUGUGCAAGCGGCUGGGGAUCGACUACGCAGAAGCUGUCGUGGACUUUGAGUUUGGCAACCGGAUGGCCGUCCCGGUUAUCCAGGGCGUGGUCGUCGCCGAGGAGUACCACGACACCGUCAUGGAAGAGCUCGCCAAAGACGAAGCAGAGAGGAUCAGGAAGGAGGACGAGAAGCGUAGGAAAGCGGCCUUGGCCAAGUGGCGGAAAUUCCUGAUGGGCCUGCGCAUCGUGGAGCGGAUCAAAAAAGACCACGGCCACAUCGAGGACGGCACCAGCGUCUUUGGACGCCACGGCCGCGGCCAAGCGGCAGACGAAGACCAAGAAACGCCAGACACAGGGCAGGAGGACGACGACAUGGGCGGUGGCGGCGGCGGCGGCGGUUUUCUCCUAGACGGCUACGAAGGCGACGAAGAAGCGGCGGGCAAGCUGACCUCGGGCUUCUUCCCGGUCGCAGAUGACGACGCCGAGGACUCGCUUCAGGUCGAGGCUGUUUAUUAUGAGCCGGACAUCGGGCGGCUGCCCGCGCCGUCUUCGCCGGAGCCACCGCCGUCGCCUCCACUAGAGCCACCGUCUGGCACUUCCAAGCGCAAGUCGGUGAUGAGUACCAAGCCCAAGCGGCAGGCAGCCGGCAAGGCAAAGGCGUCAUCGUCCCGGCGGAGGAGGAGGCGGGAUGUGCCUUGGAGCGAAAGCGACGACGAUGAUUCUUACCAGGAAUCUGGCAGCGAUUAGAGCGGGGUCUUGAUUUGCUCGCUUAUGCGGGAGUUAUGAUAUGUCGUCUGGAGGGCUCCCCCAGGCUGAGCAGUACUAGAUUUGCAAUGCAUUCUACAACCGAUGUGGCCGCGGGUGUUUGGC